AUAAGUUAGUAGAAUAAGUCCAAGCACCGGAAUAAAACCCGGAGAGGAGCGCAAAGAGACUUUUAACCGUCUGCCUCACAACAAACGAGCUUCUAAAGGAAGAAGAGAAACGGGAUUCAUAAUCGGAGGAGGAAGGACUUUUUUCUUCUAUUUUUAAAUCUAUUUUCAGAGGGAAAUUUUUAUUUAAAAGGGAUCACUAGAGAUUUCAAGAUGAUGCUGUGUGGCAUCUUUUUGCUGUUGAUGCUUUGGACUUGUGAGGGCGCAAGAUUGGCAGAGAGUCGGGAUGAUAACAGUGUGUAUGACUUGUUUGACCUCACCCGGGUGAGCAAGAGAAACAACGGAGUGAGUUUGGUCAGAGGUGCAGAUCCCAACAGCCCUGCGUACAAGGUCCUGAACGCAGACCUGAUCCCCCCGGUCCCCAACAGCGCCCUCAGGGACCUCCUCGACUCCAUCCAGGCAGAGAGGGGCUUCCUCCUCCUCGUCAACCUGAAGCAGUUCAGGAAAACCCGGGGCAGCCUUUUGACCAUCGAGAAGACCGACGGAUCGGGACCCAUUUUCGAGAUCAUCUCCAACGGGAAGGCAAACACUCUGGAUGUGGUCUACUCCACCAUGGACAAGCAGCAUGUCGUGUGCAUCGAGGAGGCAGAUUUGGCCACCGGACACUGGAAGAACAUCACACUGUUCGUUCAGGACGACAGGGUGCAGCUUUUUGUUGGCUGUGAGGAGAUCAAUGUGUCAGAGAUGGACUUUCCCAUCCAGAAAGUGCUGUCCCAGGAGGUGGCCGACAUCGCCAGGCUCAGGAUUGGAAAGGGAGCUGUGACAGACAAAUUCCAUGGAGUGCUUCAGAAUGUGCGCUUUGUCUUUGGGACCACUCUUGAUGCCAUACUGAGAAAUAAGGGAUGCCAGAGUGGAGCUGCCUUAACUGAUGUCAUGACCCUGGACAACCCAGUCAACGGCUCCAGCCCCGCCAUUAGGACUGAUUACACCGGCCACAAAGCCAAAGAUCUGCAGACUGUCUGCGGCUUCUCUUGCGAGGACAUCGCCAGCAUGUUUAAGGAGCUCAAGGGACUCGGCGUGGUUGUUAAACAGCUGUCGAACGAGCUCAGCAAAGUGUCAAGGGACAGCGUUGAGUUGGGAAAUCUAAUGAAAAUCCACAGUGGCAUUUGCAUGCACAACGGCAUGGUGUACAAGGACAAAGAUGAAUGGACUGUUGACGGCUGCACAGAGUGCACCUGCCAGAACUCUGCUACUGUGUGUCGCAAAAUCUCCUGUCCUCUGAUCCCAUGUGCCAACGCCACCGUGCCCGACGGAGAGUGCUGCCCUCGUUGUGAUUCACAGAGAGACCAAACCGAGGAUGGUUGGUCCCCCUGGUCUGAAUGGACCCACUGUUCUGUGACUUGUGGCCGAGGCAUCCAGCAGCGCGGACGCUCCUGCGACCGCAUCAACAGCAACUGUGAGGGCACCUCUGUCCAGACCCGUGACUGCUACCCCCAGGAAUGUGACAAACGCUUCAAACAGGAUGGUGGUUGGAGCCACUGGUCUCCCUGGUCUUCGUGCUCUGUGACCUGUGGCGAGGGGGUCAUCACCCGGAUACGCCUCUGUAACUCCCCAACACCCCAGAUGGGUGGCAGGGACUGCCUGGGAGAGGGACGUCAAACAGAAAUCUGCCAGAAAUCACCUUGUCCUAUCGAUGGUGGUUGGGGACCUUGGUCACCGUGGGACACCUGCACUGUAACCUGUAAUGGAGGUGUCCAGUACCGCAAACGUCUUUGUACUGACCCCGUCCCCAAAUAUGGAGGAAAGGAUUGUCAGGGUGAUGGUACUAUGUCUCAAGUAUGCAACAGCCAGGCCUGCCCUAUUGAUGGAUGUCUCUCCAGCCCAUGCUUCCCUGGAUCACGGUGCACCAGCUUCCCUGAUGGCUCUUUCAAGUGUGGCAAGUGUCCGCUUGGCUACACUGGAAAUGGCGUCACCUGCAAAGACAUUGAUGAGUGUAAGGCGGUCCCUGAUGCUUGCCAUACACAUAACGGAGUCCACCUCUGUGAGAACACCGAGCCUGGUUACAACUGUCUGCCCUGCCCCACACGUUUCUCCGGUCCUCAGCCCUACGGGAGAGGAGUGGAACAGGCAACUGCUAAAAAACAGGUUUGUAAACCCCGGAAUCCUUGUCAAGAUGGGAGCCACAACUGCCAUAAAAACGCAAACUGCAUCUACUUGGGCGUUUUCUCCGAGUCCAUGUUCCGCUGCGAGUGCAGACCAGGGUAUGCAGGGAAUGGCCAUAUUUGCGGAGAGGACAGCGACCUGGACGGAUGGCCCAACACCGACCUACUGUGUGUGGAGAACGCCACCUACCACUGCAAGAAGGAUAACUGCCCCAACCUUCCCAACUCUGGCCAGGAAGAUCAUGACAAAGAUGGCCUGGGUGAUGAAUGUGACCAUGAUGAUGACAAUGAUGGGAUCCCCGAUGAUAGGGACAACUGCCCAAGAGUGUACAACCCUGCCCAGUAUGACGCAGACAGAGAUGAUGUUGGCGACCGCUGUGACAACUGUGUGUUCGAGGCUAACACCGACCAAACCGACACUGACAACAACGGCGAGGGUGAUGCCUGCGCUGUUGACAUCGAUGGCGACGGCAUUCUGAACGAGAAUGACAACUGCCCAUAUGUUUACAACGUGGACCAGAGAGAUACUGACAGAGACGGAGUGGGAGACCAUUGUGACAACUGCCCGCUGGAGCACAACCCUGAUCAGAUCGACUCUGACUCAGAUCGCAUAGGAGACAAGUGCGACAACAACCAGGACAUUGACGAGGAUGGUCACCAGAACAACUUGGACAACUGCCCCUACAUACCCAAUGCCAACCAGGCUGACCACGACAAGGAUGGCAAGGGCGACGCUUGCGACCAUGAUGACGAUAAUGACGGCAUUCCUGACGACAAGGACAACUGCAGGCUGGCCUUCAACCCUGAUCAGGUGGACUCUGAUGGUGAUGGACGUGGGGAUGUGUGCAAAGACGAUUUUGAUCAAGAUAAUGUUCUGGACAUCUAUGACGUAUGCCCAGAGAACUUCGCCAUCAGUGAGACUGACUUCCGCAGAUUCCAGAUGGUUCCUCUGGACCCCAAGGGUACAUCCCAGAUCGACCCCAACUGGGUGGUCCGGCAUCAGGGCAAGGAGCUGGUGCAGACUGUCAACUGUGAUCCUGGCAUUGCUGUUGGUUACGACGAGUUCAGCGCAGUGGAUUUCAGCGGGACUUUCUUCAUCAACACGGACAGAGACGACGACUACGCCGGGUUUGUGUUUGGCUACCAGUCCAGCUCUCGCUUCUACACGGUGAUGUGGAAACAGAUCACGCAGACAUACUGGUCCCACACGCCCACAAGAGCUCAAGGUUACUCUGGCCUGUCAAUCAAAGUGGUCAACUCCACCACCGGGCCUGGUGAGCAUCUGAGGAACGCCCUGUGGCACACCGGAGACACCCCAGGACAGGUGCGCACUCUGUGGCACGAUCCCAAGAACAUUGGCUGGAAAGACUUCACCGCUUACAGAUGGCACCUGAUCCACAGACCCAAGAGUGGGCUUAUUAGAGUGGUCAUGUAUGAAGGCAAGAGAAUCAUGGCUGAUUCUGGAAACAUCUAUGACAAGACAUACGCUGGUGGGCGACUAGGCUUGUACGUCUUCUCUCAAGAGAUGGUUUACUUCUCAGACCUCAAAUAUGAAUGCAAAGAUACAUAAAUGGACCACAGGACCUCCCAGACACAAUAGUGCGAGACCUGGAUCGAUAUCUCUUUAACUUUUUCUUUUGAGAAAUGCACAUUGGAGGAAUGACAAGCAAGUGAGCUAAUGUGAGGUAAAGUGACCUCAGGACUUAAAGCCAAAUGAAAGUUCAACGAUGUUUCUGCACCACUGCACCAAACUCAAAUUGUGAGCGCAGCUCUGCUCAGAAGAAAUUGGCCCUCUCACUUUGUUGCUCUGAUCUGCAUUGGAGGGGGGGUCUCAUUUUAUUGCUUUGCACACCUGAACUGUUGGUUGGCGGUAUUCCUCUAUGGAUGAGGGACCAAAGGGAAAAGUGUUCCAUGUUUUUAAUUUUUCUAAAUAUUUUUGAGCAUUAAUGUACAUCUGCUGUGGACUCAAAGAUCGUUGUGUCAGUAUGAAGAAAGCAGCAGGAGAACUAACUUAGGCCGGGGUGAAUAUUCCCCCUUGAAGGAACUGUUGAGGGACCAUGGACAGUAUGGACUGACUGUUACUAUCAAAGAGAGUGAAUGUUGUUUGUGUGUUUGCGCAUGUGUGCCACCCAACAAGCAUAGUUAUGAAGACAAGUGCAGCAAUUUUUUUUAUAUUUGGAUUUCCCAUCCCACUUUUCAUGCAGACCUGUAUACAAGGUCUUGUACAUAUCCAAGGCUGAGAGCUGGCCCGAAACAUUGAUCUUCUCAGGAAAGAGCACUAGAAGAAACAAGGAGAGCACAAAUUCAGGAAAGCACAGGGCCCUGAAGCAGGCGCACUGAACACUGCUUUAGAACAGUUAUUAUUUGCAAAUAUUACUUUAAUAUCUCUCAUUUAUAGUGACAGUGUCGGGGGACGUGAACAGCAAGGGCCAGUCUAUUUCCUGCCAUAAGUAAACCAUUGUAAGUAGCUGUUUGUAUUAACUUUUUCAUCAUAGAGGCUUUAAUUCUCGCUCAUCUCUGCAUCUUGCCAUGUUAAAAUGUCAGCAACCUAUUUCAGUUAACCAAAACCAAUAUCUACUAAUGGCAAGAUAUGUCACAUUAGACCGAAACAGUACAAUGUCUCAAUAUUCUGCUUCUGCACAGUGUGCAUGACUUGUGUGCCUGAGCUUCUGUGUACAUUUCUGACAAGGGAAAAUCGAACAAAACCCUUUAUGUACAAAUAUUACCUCAUUAGUUCUUUUUGUAUUGAAACCAAGAAUACACAAGAAUCACUUGUCUUAGCAACAGAGUAUAAAUUGGAUGGCUUUUUUUUUUUUUUUGCAAGACUUUAGUAUCAUUUAUAUGCUGUAUAUAAGAUAUUUUUGUAGCGAAAAGACGCCCAAACAGGAACGUAAAGGAUUAAAGAAAUGUUGUCUUGACUUUGUUGUGCUAUAUGUAUUUCCUGUGCAUUUUUUUUGGUAAAUUAUUAUGUUUGUUUCAUGUCGAGGUUAUUUCAUUGUGUAGAUAUAUGCUAUUUAAAUAAUUUAUCUAGAAGCGUAGCCUCAUACGGAAGCGUUUCUGUCUGUAUAAACUUAUUUGCACACUGACAUGAGGAUGUCUUUGUUUUUUUUUUAUUUUGUUUUUUUUGUAUGUGUCUUUUUUUUUUAUUAUUAUUAGUGAAGCUUUUCUAUAAACUGUGUACUAUAGUUUCUACCCAAAGUGCUGUUUAUACUCCUACCUGGUAUUUUGUAAUGUAAAGUGAACAAUAAACUUUUCAGGAAAAAAAAA